AUGAAGAAUCUAAUAAUGCUCCUUUUGCUUUUUCACAUUGGAUCUACAGUCAAACACUCCUUGAAGAUUUUUUUCAUGUUAUCUUCUGGAGUUCCAAACACCCCAGAUUAUGUGGCAGCAGGAGAGCUUGGGGGAAUUUUAAUAGCUUACUAUGACAGCAACAUGAAAACACUAGAACCCAGACAAGACUGGAUAAGAGAGUCUAUGGAAGAUGAUCCACGUCAAUGGGAAACACUGAUUAAGAACUGCAAACAUUAUAAACAGCUACUCACAGAUGAAAUUAGAAGUUUCAAGCAGUACUCAAACCAGACUGGAGGUGUUCAUAUUAUCCAGGAGAUUAUGGGCUGUGAACAGGAUGAUGAGACGAAACAGACUGUUGCUUUUAAACUUUAUGGAUAUAAUGGGGAAGACUUCAUUAGAUUUGACAUAGAAACAGAGAAAUGGAUCACUUCAAACCCUCUGGCUAAAACCACCAAACAGGAGUGGGAUAGAAAAACAGCCAGUAAUGGAGUUUGGAAGAACUUCCUCACAACAGUGUGCCCUGACAUGAUGAAGAUGUAUUUUAAUGAUGCAAAGAGUUUUUUGGAUAGAAAAGUUCCUCCCUCAGUGUCUCUCCUCCAGAUGACUCCCUCCUCCCCAGUCACCUGCCACGCUACAGGUUUCUAUCCUGACAGAGCCAUGAUGUUCUGGAGGAAAGAUGGAGUGGAGAUCCAUGAACAUGUGAAGAAAGGAGAGAUUUUCCACAACCAUGAUGGGACGUUCCAGUUGAGUGUUAACAUGAAUGUUUCAUCAGUGCCAGCUGAAGACUGGAUGAGUUACAGCUGUGUGUUUCAGUUCUCUGGUGUCGAGGACAACAUCAUCACCAAACUGAACAAAUCAGUGAUCCGGACCAACUGGGGCAAAAAUGAAAAUCGAACUGACAAAAAGAGGCCCAUGAUGAUCCCCGUCACUGCUGCUGUGGUUGUUCUUAUUCUUCUCAUCCUUGUUGGUGGAGUUGGAUUUGUUGUUUACAAAAGGAAGAAAGACAAGAGAUCUCCUAACAGCAUCUCUGAACUGACUGAGAAACUGAAUCCAGAGACCAAAUAG